UUUUGCAGAUGGUUGUCCAAAUCCACCAAUCAUACCGACACGUUUCAGCGGAGGCGGGACUUCCGGUUACUGGUAUAAACCAACUGAGGCCUCCCAUGCGGUUUGAUCAGUAGGUGGACGCGGAGCUAAUACCGACAAGACAGACAUAAUGGCAGAGAAUGACGUUGAUAACGAGCUGCUCGAUUAUGAAGAAGAUGAAGAGCCUCAAGGAGCACCUGAGACUGCGGCCCCAGCAGGCAAGAAGGAGGUGAAGGGUUCUUACGUUUCCAUCCACAGCUCUGGCUUCAGAGAUUUUCUGCUCAAGCCGGAGCUGCUCCGUGCCAUCAUUGACUGUGGCUUUGAGCAUCCAUCUGAAGUCCAGCAUGAAUGCAUUCCACAAGCUAUCCUGGGCAUGGACAUCCUGUGCCAAGCCAAAUCUGGUAUGGGCAAGACGGCCGUGUUUGUGCUGGCCACACUGCAGCAGAUUGAACCUAUUGAUGGACAGGUGUCUGUAUUAGUCAUGUGCCACACGCGAGAGUUGGCCUUCCAGAUCAGUAAAGAGUACGAGCGUUUCUCCAAGUACAUGUCUUCAGUAAAGGCAGCAGUAUUCUUUGGUGGCAUGGCCAUUAAGAAGGACGAGGAUGUCUUGAAGAAGAACUGUCCUCAUAUUGUGGUGGGAACGCCGGGCCGAAUCCUCGCUCUCAUCCGGAACAAGACCCUCACCCUGAAGAACGUCAAGCACUUUGUCCUGGAUGAGUGUGACAAAAUGUUGGAGCAGCUAGACAUGAGGCGUGACGUACAGGACAUCUUCAAGAUCACACCCCAUGAGAAGCAGGUUAUGAUGUUCAGCGCUACCCUGAGUAAGGAGAUUCGACCAGUCUGCCGCAAAUUCAUGCAGGAUCCUAUGGAAGUAUUUGUGGACGAUGAGACCAAACUUACACUCCACGGCCUGCAACAGUACUACUGCAAGCUGAAGGACAGCGAGAAGAACCGCAAGCUCUUUGACCUGCUCGACGUGUUGGAGUUCAACCAGGUGGUGAUCUUUGUCAAGUCAGUGCAGCGCUGCAUCGCUCUGGCUCAGCUUCUGGUGGAACAAAAUUUCCCUGCCAUCGCCAUCCACAGGGGGAUGGCUCAGGAGGAGAGGCUGUCUCGCUAUCAGCAAUUCAAGGACUUCCAAAGGCGGAUCCUGGUGGCCACUAACCUCUUUGGCCGAGGGAUGGACAUCGAGCGUGUCAACAUUGUCUUCAACUACGACAUGCCAGAAGAUUCUGACACCUACUUGCACAGGGUUGCCCGUGCUGGUAGGUUUGGAACCAAAGGCCUGGCUAUAACUUUUGUGUCAGACGAGACCGACGCCAAGACCCUGAACGAUGUGCAGGACCGCUUCGAGGUCAAUGUGGCCGAGCUGCCCGAUGAGAUUGACAUCUCCUCUUACAUCGAGCAGUCCAGAUGAGUCCUCCAGCAGAGCAGAAGUCUCCUCUUCAUGGAUCUCGUGUCUUGUAUUUGGACGUAGACGUAUUUCACUGUUGAUUUGAAAGCUCUGCUCGUUCCCUGUGCUCACCAAACAUUUAUUUUUAUUGUCAGUUUUUGGGGAUGGGGGGGGGGUAUGGUCGAUUUUAAUUUGUCUUUUACUGUUUGUUUUUUUUCUUUUUUGCUUAAUGAAAUUAAAACUUUUUAUAAAAUGCCA